CUCCAAAAAUUAUUCGGGCUGCUCUGCCGCUUUUCGCUUCGUACUUUCUCCUUUCCCUCUAUUGGCCCGCUCUGUUCUCGGCAAAAUCGUGAGGGCUCGUGGUGGUCGACAAUGGCGACGGAGUCCGAUGGGGAGGAGGAUACGGCGGGGAAGCUAACAGGGAGCCAGCACCUGGAAGUCGACGACGAUCUCCGCGAAAUGGCCAAGAAGGCCGCCUGGAGCGUCAGCUCCUGCAAGCCCGGCAAUGGCGUCCUCGCCCUGCGCGACGACAACCUCGACACCUACUGGCAAUCGGAUGGAGCUCAGCCCCAUUUGGUGAAUAUCCAGUUCCAGAAGAAGGUUAAGCUGCAACUACUGGUUCUCUAUGUGGAUUUCAAGCUUGAUGAGAGCUACACGCCGAGCAAGAUCUCUAUUCGUGCUGGUGAUGGUUUCCACAAUCUGAAGGAGAUAAAAACUGUGGAGUUCAAGAAGCCAGUUGGUUGGGUUCACAUACCCUUAUCUGGAACUGAUCCCCGGGAGACAUUUAUUCACACUUUCAUGCUCCAACUUGCUGUUUUGUCCAAUCACUUGAAUGGGAGGGACACACAUGUGCGGCAGAUCAAAAUAUAUGGGCCUCGAACCCUGUUCCUCAUCAACCAUUUCAUUUUAUUUCGAAGGAAUUCAUCACCUACUCAACUCUUAAAUAGGUUCAAUAGUGACAAUAUCUUAAACAGGAUGAAAAUGGUGGCAAUAGCAAACAUGAAGAAAUGCAUGCAUCUUGGAAAGCAUUCAGAAACCACAACUUUCAAUUGUAUAACCCAUCAUAUUCUCCUUAGACUUGUACACAACAUUUAGGGAAGACUUUCAAGGAAUGAUCAAUAGCAUACCCGUCAUUAGCUGCAUUGCUUGAAGAAUUUUUGUAUCAGACGACACUGUAAUGAGCUUGUUCUGUAAAAUCAUACUCAAAAAAAUGGUAGAAGAUUAAGGAAUUAUAACAAAUAUUCUCAGACUGUUACAUAAACUAUGUGAGGCUCUGCUCUUCAGUCAUAAUUUCUCCAAUUCUUCUGGCUUUGCAAAAUCUUCCUUGCAUAAUGAUCUUCUGGAGACAAUUUGCCAGACGAUAGGAAAUCACUUGUUUGGUUGGAGCCAAAAUUUUGAGUAUGGUAAGGUCUGGAGUUUUUCUGUUU